GGCCAUCGUAUUUCAAAUGGUACGGCCUACGUAUGGGUUUCCUGUGCUACUUGCUGCGCUACUUCCUGUUGAUGAACUGGGGCCAAAACUUGUACAUUUCUCCACAAGAGUUCUUCACCAUCGUGGCUUGGACAUUUGGCAGCCAUGACAGCAGCUACCAGAAGUUGAGCAUUGUGCCGAGUCCCAGAUGUGUCACUGUGGAGAACUGGUUCUUGUUACUCUACCGUAAUGCGUACGCUUUCUUGGGAAAUAUUCUCAACUUGUGUCAUGAGUUCCCUGCACCUCGUGAUCUCUUCUCUGGAGGAGCCUGGGUGGCCAUGUAUACAGCCUGUGCUGUCAAUGAUCCGAACCCACAGUUCAGGGAGCCUCUGCCAAAGAGUGUCCGGCUGGAGGACAUGAAGGAAAUCAGUAUGAAGGUCUACCAGAUUGUCAUGUCCAACAGGGAUGUGGUCAGGAGCAUUGUCAGGGGAUUGUUUCCAUUUGAUUGA